ACAAGGUCCUUCCACUAUCUGUCUCGAGAUGCCUUUAUCUGUCACGUGGGUUGACAAGUUCAGAUGGAUAACCUGUGACAGUGCUAAUUGUGGCCGAAACAAUGAUGCUGUUUGUCAGGAAUGACAUUACACAACUUGGGUAGUUUCGAUCUUUGUGUCUUUCAACAUGGAGGAUGAACGGGCGCCUCUUCUUCAGAGACAAAUAUCUUCAGAUAAAACAGAAUCGGGUUCGUUGGUAUGCAAGAAUGUGGCCGCCCGCCAUGUUUUAGCAAUAUGGUCCUUCCUGGGGUUUAUCAACCUGUUCGCUAUUCGAGUCAAUCUGAGUGUGGCACUGGUUGCCAUGGUGAACGCAUCAAGCGAACUUCGACAGAACAGUUCCUUUGAUGACGAAUGUCCUGGCAGUUCUAACAGAAAUACGUCCAACACCCCAGCGCCAGAGCGUGGGGAGUUCCUGUGGGAUGAGCAGACCCAGGGCUACAUUCUGGGGGCCUUCUACUACGGCUACUGCCUCACGCAGCUCCCGGGGGGAUGGCUGGCGGAGAGGUUUGGAGGAAAGUUGUUAUUCGGAGCUGGAAUACUCGUCCCCUCCCUCCUUUCGCUCCUCAUCCCCAUCGCCGUCAGGUUCCACAUCACAUGGCUUCUCGCCAUCAGAGUUGUGCAGGGCAUAUUCCAGGGUGUGGCGUACCCAGCGAUGCACUCUCUGUGGGGGAAGUGGGCGCCCGCUAUGGAGAGGAGUAAACUCAUCACUAAUACCUACGCAGGUGCACAGAUAGGUACGGUUGUUGCGAUGCUGGGCACGGGUUACCUGUGCAAGUACGGGUUUGCCGGUGGUUGGCCGUCCGUAUUCUACGUUUUCGGUGGUUUUGGGUGUCUGUGGUCAAUAAUGUGGUUCAUCCUCGUGCACGACUCACCUGCACAGCACCCACGCAUCGUUUUAGCAGAGAGAGUUUACAUUGAGAACUCCAUUGGGAAGAAACACAAAAAAAUAUCUCCACCCUGGAGGGACAUAUUCUCGUCGAAGGCUGUGUGGGCUAUCGUGGCUGCCCACUUCGCCCAGGACUGGGGCUCCUUCACCAUCAUGACCUGCCUCCCGCAGUACAUGAAGCAGGUACUCAGGUUUAAUAUUGAACAGAAUGGUCUGUUGUCGUCAUUGCCUUACGUGACGCUGUGGCUCAUCAACACCAUCUGUGGACAAGUAGCAGAUGUCAUAAGGCGAAAGGGAUUCCUGUCCACUAAAAACACACGGAAACUGAUGAAUUCCAUAGGUUUGAUGCUCCCGGCGGUUGUCAUGGUUGGCAUCGGGUACUCUGGUUGCCACCCGAUGUUGACGGUGGCGCUGUUGUGUCUCGGGGUCGGGAUUACAGGGUUCACCAUGGCGGGAUACAGCGUCAACCAUCUCGAUAUUGCUCCACAUUUUGCAGGUAUUCUCAUGGGCAUCACCAAUUCUUUUGGUACAACCACUGGUUUUAUUGGCCCGAGUAUAGUCGGCGCUCUCACCAACAACAAUGCAACAGCAUCACAAUGGCGGAUCGUGUUCUUCAUCACGGCAGCAUUGUUCCUCAUCGGAGGGGUGCUGUUCGCGAUUUUUGCCCAGGGUGAGGAACAGCUGUGGUCGAUAAUGGCGACAAAAGGGGUGCACCUACCUCGUGUGCUGAAUCUAGAAAAAGGUGAUGAUGACAGAGACUCUGGUAUCGAGGAAAGCAUGGACAGGGGUGGAACAGUGCGCUGACCGCUUGACCCACCCGAGAUGUGUAAUUGUACUGUGAUGGACUUCGGUCAGUGUUGAUCAUCGGCGUUCCCACAAAACCCGUCGCCAGGAACGGUUUUGAGCGCCUUUGAACUCAGAUUGCUAUGCAUGUGGCCAUAAUAGUGCAGUGUCGAGUGGGAACAGGACAUACUUUGUGGAUAUUAUAGAUGUUCGUAUGGCCACGGAAUAUUGGUCAGAUACAACCUGGAUUACGUUGUGGCUUGUGGUCCUGUAUACUUCACGUAGGUUACUGAUGAGGCGUGGUUUAGAAAUGUUGUUCGCGGAAAAUAGUUUGAUGGAUGACUGUGGUGUGUUUCUCAUCGCCUUACUGCCGACCCCACCCAAAAACUUUUUUCAUUCCAACACCGCCGACUCGAACCUAAAACGUACCGCCUCGAGAUGCUUGAAAUGUCUUCGCCGAUGCUGAUGAACACGCUCCUUGGUAGCACUUUCCCGAUUUUUCUAUUUAAAUCUAGUAUAAGUCAAAAUGCAACACUCCACUGCCCGUCACUGAAUGUACAAGGCCUUACACUUGGAAUAUUGUUUGAAAAUAAAAAUCACUGCCACAUAACACAAGAAAAGAUGGAGGACAUGGUGAUGACCGUUUGUU